CCACGGAGUCGCGCGGUGGUCGCGUGUCAGCCUCCCUUCUCCCACUUUCCCUCGAGUGCGGAAACAUCCGGGAAACAUUUGACAAGUGUUGAGAGACUAUGAACUAUUCAAUACACUUCGUGUUCCUCAUAGUGUGCUCAAAAUGUAUUGCGGUGAACAUAAACCGAAUCGUGGUACCGGCCCUAGUGGAGCUAGGCACGGAGUCAGUGAUCCUAGACUGCGACUACAACACAGGCGAGGUCCCCGGUCCAGGUCUCGUCAUAAAAUGGUUCUUCAACGGGUCCACUGGCCUCGUCUACCAAUGGAUACCACCACUACAACCUCAAGUUAUUGGACUUUUAAAAGGAAAAGUCGACAUGAGUUUUAAAAUCUCGGAUGAACCUUUGCAGGCUUAUAGAGCCAUUAGAAUAAUAAAUCCGGGGACACACCUCAGCGGUAACUACACUUGUGUGGUGUCCACAUUCAUAGCAGAAGACAGUCAGACGAGAUCGAUGUUAGUGUACAGUCCGGGAAAGAGUUUCCAUUUUGACCAGGAGAAAAAAUACGUAUUCUUAGUUACUUUGAAAUGUGUAGCGGAGUACUUAUAUCCCCGGCCCGUAUUGACUAUUUUAUCAAAGGGUAAGCCACUGGAGCGAGCAAUCACGGACAUGCGAAUGGACUCCUGGGGCAUGUACACCGUGGAGACCACAGCACUGAUCCACGAUGAUGACGUCACCAGUCCCUGGGAGGAGUUCGUCUGCGUAUUGAACUUGCCUCUAGCUAAUUACACUACUAAUAGAACUACUGUUUAUUAUCCAGGUCUAAUGCCGACGCAUAGCGCAAGCAUAGAGGUAAAGAAACCUAUGGAACAUCAAGCUAAUAGUUCAACGCUCCGGCUCGAGUGCACUUUACUAGUUACUUUAUUUCUAAGUAUUUACUUUACUCUUUAAUGAACUAAGUAACGCUGUACAUAGUCAUUUGGUCUAGAAUAAAAUCUAUGAUUUUAAGAAAGACUCAGUCUUUUAGGUUAUUUAACUUUAUUCGCUCUUUCAUAACUUUAGGAAAAUAUAAGAUUCUU